AUUUUUUCAGUACGAGUACUUACGGAAGAUUGUUGCACGUAAUCUUUAUCAUUUAUUUACAAUUUCUCAGAAAAGUACUUCUAUGAUUUGUAAUUUGUUGUUGCAACAUUAAUUAUGUAAAGUGUUUGUAAAGUGAUCAACAGCGACAUGGUCGCGAACUAGCGAGUUUUCAGUGAAAGGUGUAAAAAUGUUGUGGGGGUAAUUUGUGUGAUCAAGUAAGAGAUCAAUCAAAAUAAUGGUGCCCGCACCGAGCUGCCCAAAUACUUGGGAUUACUGGACGUCCUCGACGUCCGAGAAGGUCGACCUGAUAUGCCUGAUGCCCAACUCCGUGUAUAUGCCACUGACAGUGGGUUGGGAUGUAACACUGCAGGAUGUGAAGGAGGAAUUAUGGGAUCAAGCUGGGAAGUAUCCUCUAUUUGGGAUGCUACAUGAGAUGACUGGAUAUGUUUUCCAGUUCAUCAAUUCUUUAGCAGUUACUGAAGAAGUGGAUGAUGAGAAUAAACGCUUAAGAGACAUAAAACCUUCUUGUGGGGUUCUCCUAAUAAUAGAAAGGUCAAUUGAAAGGCCUGGAGAGCAUUUGUUGAACACACACAUCAGUAAUUUGAUAGGAAAGGGUUUAAAUGAAUUUGACAAUCUGAGAAGUUCGGAAGUAAAUGACUUUCGGAUGCGGAUGCGGUACCUCGCAGAAGAGAGUAUGAUCAAAAGGGCACAGAGCACAAGGCUAGAGAGACUACGGUAUAGAUGUCCGCCGAGACUGGCAGAUAGCCCGGCUGUGCCCGCAACACUUACAAGUCAUUUGAAUAAUAAUUGUUUUAUACUUGUCACCAAAGUUGCUAAUACGGAGUUUUCGUUCACGACUAACGUGCCAGUGUCACGUACGCCGCAGCAGCACAUCGACACUAUACUGAAGAAGAAAGUGAACUCCCUCAAUAUGCGGGGCGAAGACCCUCGCAGUUACGUGCUUAAGGUAUGCGGGAGGGAGGAGUAUCUGUUCGGCAAGGAGCCUCUCAUACAGUUCCUCUACAUCCAAGAGAUGCUGGCAAAAGACGGCGUGCCUCAAGUCAUGACAGUCAGUAUGGACAAGUUGACACUCGGCUGUGAUAUACCGAUAGACAGGCGGCAGACGCCCCCCGACUAUUCGAACACGAUACGCAAGAAAAAGAACCAGUACGAGUCGUCGUGGAAUAUUUACAAGAACUACACGUGUAUGGUGCAGAGUGUAAGGGGUUUGAAUAUCGACCCUGGACGACAAGUUGAGGUUGUGUGCCAAGCGGGUAUAUUUCACGGAGGCAAAGCUCUGUGCGAGGCUCAGAAGACGGUCGUUACUAAAGUGUCUAAUGGCGUCGCGGAGUGGGAUGAGGCGCUGCUCACAUUCCCCAUCAAAGUGUACAAUAUGCCGCGGAUGGCCAGGCUGUGCUUUGUCGUCUAUGAAAUAAAUAAAACCAAGGGAAAGAGACGGGGGAAAGACUCGAAGGAUUCUAUAAACAAGCUGGCGUGGGCGAACACGAUGAUCUUCGACUACAAGGAGCAGUUGCGCACGGGCGGGCUGACGCUGUACAUGUGGACGCACGUUGCGGACGAGACGCAGGGCGACGACUGGCUGCUGCACCCCCUCGGCACCGUCGUCUCCAACCCCAGCACCGACUCCUGCGCCGCGCUGCAGGUCUGCUUCUCAGAUUUCGAGUGUGAGUACCCGAUACUGUUCCCGAAGCAGGAGACGGUGAAGGCGUACGCGGACGACAUCGAGCUGGGCUCGCCUGACGUCAUCGCGCGCCUCAGCCGCGACUUCCAGCAGCUGCGGCUCACUGCCGAGAAGGACCCUAUGUAUGAAAUGCACGAACAGGAGAAGAAAGAUAUAUGGGCUUCCAGGGAGUACUUCCGCGCGGAGGCGCCGGAGCUGCUGCCGAAGCUGCUGGUGUGCGUGGAGUGGGGCGAGCGCGCGGAGGCGGCGAGCGCGGCGCGCAUGGUGGCGGGCUGGCCGCUGCUGCAGGUCGAGUGCGCGCUCGAGCUGCUGGACUACGCGUACGCGGACGCCGCCGUGCGCGCCUUCGCCGUCAAGUGCCUCGCUCACAUCAGGGACGAGAAUCUUCUGCUGUACUUGCUGCAGCUGGUGCAGGCGCUGAAGCACGAGUCAUACCUGAUGUGCGACCUCUCCGUCUUCCUGUUGCAACGCGCCUACAAUAACAUGACUAUUGGACAUUUCCUAUUCUGGCAUUUACGUUCGGAGAUGCACGUGGCGGCGGUGUCGGUGCGGUUCGGUCUGAUGCUGGAGGCGUACUGCCGCGGAUGUCAGGACCACAUCAACACGCUCAUGCGACAGAUCACCUGCCUCGAGAAACUUAAAUGGGCGAGCCAGUGCGUGCGCAAGAAGAAGGAGAUCUCGAAGGCGCGCGCGGCGCUGCAGCAACACCUGCAGGAGCAGCACUGCAUGGAGACGCUCUGUGACUUCGUGUCCCCGCUCACGCCCAGCCUGCUCUGCAAGAAGAUCAAGCCGGAGCGGUGCCGCGUGAUGGACAGCAAGAUGCGGCCGCUGCUGCUGGAGUUCGAGAACGUGGACCCCACGGGCGCCGACAUCCGCAUCAUCCUGAAGAUCGGCGACGACCUGCGCCAGGAUAUGUUCACGCUGCAGAUGCUGCGCAUCAUGGACCGCCUCUGGAAGAACGCUGGAUACGACUUCAGACUGAACCCCUACAACUGCAUAUCUAUGGAGUACGCGGUGGGCAUGAUCGAGGUGGUGGAAGAUGCGGAGACUGUCGCCAACAUACAGAAGCAGAGCGCACUCUUCAAUGCCGCUUCCACUAUAUAUAAAGCCAAUUUAUUCCAAUGGCUCCGUAAACAGAACCCUAGUGAGAGUGGGUUCAAUAAAGCGGUGGAGGAGUUUACGAUGAGCUGCGCGGGGUACUGCGUCGCCACAUACGUGCUGGGCAUCGCUGACAGGCAUCCUGACAACAUCAUGGUCAAGAAGUGCGGACAGCUGUUCCACAUCGAUUUCGGUCAUUUCCUUGGCCAUUUCAAGCAGAAGUACGGGUUCAAGCGCGAGCGCGUGCCCUUCGUGCUCACACACGACUUCAUACACGUCAUCAACAAGGGCCAGCGCGCCUCCGGAGUCAAUGAGGCAUUGGACUUUAAAAUAUUCAAGGAACAUUGUGAAACGGCAUUCAAAAUCUUGAGGAAGCACGGCCACCUGAUCCUGUCCCUGUUCUCCAUGAUGAUCUCCACAGGCCUGCCCGAGCUGCGGUCAGAGAAAGACUUGCAGUACCUCAGGGAGACAUUGGUGAUGGAUUUAUCAGAAGAGAAAGCGUUGGAGCAUUUUAGACUAAAGUUCAUAGAGGCGGUGAAGAACUCGUGGAAGGCGUCCGUCAACUGGGCCAUUCACAACAUUGACAAGAACAACUGACAGUGACCCGUCAGCAGGCGGCUGAAGCGGCAGCCGUCGAAGCA